CACUCCUCCAACCCGUUUCCCGGCCCAUCGUCCAAUCGUCCUAAUCGAGGGGAAUCUUCCAAGAUAAGGCUCAAGGUCUUACCAAGAUCCAAAUCCUUAAACUUCAUUGGUGCUUCGGAGCUUCACGACCUUGACGAGCGGCUGUAUGAAGAAUUAUUUGCUUCAGCAAGCUUAGAACAGGCUUUUCAUUCGGCCCUCAAGACAGAGUGUCAAUCGAAGGAUUUGUCGAAUCCACAUCUACUGCAGUCUACUGGAGAGCAAGUGGAAAUUCAGUACCGUCUAAGGAAGCUUACUUAAUGAUUCCUGUUUAAUAAUGGACAUCAGAGCCGACAAUAUGGAAAAUGAGCCUACUAGGGCCUCUGGUGGAGCUUCUCAAGGCAGCCACAUGAACGAAGAGGACGCUCCAGCAGGACAUCGGAGAACGCUAUCAGGGAGCAUUCUCUCCAAGCUCUCCUUUCUGAGGCCUAAUCCAGACGAGUACUCGGACAAAGCACCAACUAGUCCCGAAUUCCUGCCUGGAGAUGAUCGCAUCUCACCAAAGAAGACCAGCCGCGCUAUGGCAGUCGUUGUGCAGCAGCAGAAAACAAGGAGACGAAAAGGUUCCCUGAGGAAAGCGGCUCUUCUUGGUAGAGGAGCGCAGCGAGAGAAGAAAGAGACCAAAACACACGCUAUUGAAACAAGCCACCAGAUGGCAUUCGGUACGGAUGGCGCCUUGAGCCCGACAUCUCCAGAAGAAAUGCCUCAGGCCGUAGCAUUUGGCUUGGGUAUUUCAGAUACCACUCCAAGACCAUCAAUGGAAGGGUAUGCCAGCCGCGCAAAUAACACCUUAUUGUCACCAAUCAAGACGCUUCCAAUGGGGACUGAUGACCAUCUUGUCACCUCGCCCACCUCGGCGACGAGUCCUACUUUGACGUAUACUUCGACCACUGAUGAAGAUGAAAUCUUGAGUAUCAGAACCCAUAAUCCCCCAGUACCUCGAGUUGGACCCUCGACCUCCUCUGGUUCAGACUCGUACUUCCCCGCUGGUGCAGGAUCACUCACCCGCCGGAGAUCGGGGCAGAAAGCGAAAUCCCCCUUAUCGCUUGGAGGUCUUGCUGCCAGUCCUCUUCCUCCGCCUGAUGCCGAGUGGGACUACUCGGAGACUGAGUGGUGGGGAUGGGUCGUUCUUAUCGUGACCUGGAUUGUCUUUGUGACGGGUAUGGGCUCUUGCCUCGGGGUGUGGAGCUGGGCCUGGGACGUUGGAGAGACACCCUACGCGCCACCAGAGUUAGAAGAUGAUAUGACAUUGCCAAUUGUUGGGUACUAUCCUGCACUGAUCAUACUCACCGCAGUCAUGGCCUGGGUAUGGGUUGUCGUCGCGUGGGUGGGCAUGAAGUAUUUUCGACAUGCAAAGAUUAGUGGUGACUGAUAGUAUGGACAAAGGUACAAAGCCAAUGGGCGUCCAAGAACUUUUGCCUCUCCGAAUUCACACAAGCAGGACCGUCAAUCACUUGGAUCCUGGACCAAGCAAUGUCCAAGGACUUCUCUAUGCUCGCAAUGUAUAUUUGC